AUGCCUUCUCACUUUGUGAUGCACCCGGUAGAGCCUUCAGAUUUCUACAGUUUUAGGGGAGGACAAAUUCCGGGCCCUGUUCUUGCUCCUAUAAGUGGAAAUCACACUUUUGCGAGUCAUGCCCUUGCAUCAUCUACAACUAGUUACUGUCCAACAGACCCGGAUCAGCCUGAAAACUAUGAUCAAGGAAACCUCAGUACCCGCUCAAGCAGCUAUCAUGAGGUCCCUGUACCUUCCAGUCCAUCAACUCAAAACCCAAAUGGUGUUUUGGACCCGCAAUUGGUUUUCUCCAAUCUGCACCCUGUGAGCUAUAGGAACAAUUCAGUGGUACGCCCCGGACCUGCCGAGAAUCGCGCCGAGAAUGCCGAGAGUGCCGAGAGUGCCGAGACUCGCCCUCAAUCCAUGGAAUCCGAUACUUCUAUUGAGUCGCUGAGGAAGUGUAAAGCGUUGGUUGCAGAAAUACAUCGCCUGCGCCCUUAUGCUGCACCAUAUGGGAAAUCUAAGAGUGCGUGGGGGGAGGUGCUACUCGCUUUGCAGUCAAAAUAUAAUCUCUAUACAGAUAUAAAGGAUGCAUUACCAGGUUUAAGACGAGACUUGAGAGCGCUGAUUGCUUUUAAAGAGGACUUGACGGAAGAAGGUGUAAGUCAACUUUUGGGAGAGAAUUUAGCUCGUAAAGGGCGGAGAGGAGGGAAAUCUAAUGCAGAACCCGCUCAAGCUGUUGAUGAAUCGCCUGACAACACUAUCAAUGAAAUAGUACUAAAUGAAGUCAGAAAGGGAGGCACUGGUAGCGGACGAAGGAUCGGACAGACUGGGAGACCUAAAAAGUAUGGGUUUACCCAUGAGCAGGUACAAUCUCAUAUUGAUAUUACGGUUUGA